CUUAACUCACAUCCAAGAGCAACACAGACCCCACUGUUCCAAAUUUCCCAUUCGGCUAACAACAUUUUUCUGAUUUUUUUUUUGGCGUAAAAUUAAUACGUUAUCAGAGGGACCCUGUGAUUGCGCGGACAUCCAAUCCGAAAUCCAUUGAAGAUGUGCGACAAGCCCGCCUGCCCCCCGCCCCCGCGAUGCUGUCCGCCGCCACCGCCACCCUGUCGUCCGCCGCCCACCUUGUGGCAGAAGCUGAACUGCGUUCCGUGCAACCGAUUCGUGUUCUUCAUGAUCGGGGCGGGCAUUGGAUUAUACUGGGACCAAAUGAAGAAGGAGGCCAAGAAGGCGGCCGAGGAGGCCAAAAAGUCGCCCAAGGAGAAGGAGAAGGAGGCCAAGGAGCGCGAGAAGAAGCUGAAGGAGAAGCUCAAGGAGAAGGAGAAGGCCGAGAAGGAUAAGGCGGAGAAAGAGAAGAAAGAGAGGGAGAAAAAGGAGAAGGAGAGCAAGGCCAAGGAGAAGGGUAAAGAGAAGGGCAAGGAGGGCAAGGAUGGCAAGUAACAGCGAUGUGCCCCCAAAAACGGAGAUGUCGCCGAGCAGGAUGCUUUCCCCCAAAAGUUAUCAUCAAAACCAUAUCGUUUCUACGCUUCAAAAAUUUUAAGUGCAUUAUAUGGCCUACUUGACAAUUGGUCGCGUUGAUGAAAGGCUUCAUUAUUUACUAUCUAGUGUCCACCCUAAUACUUCCAGAUCAAAUAACAAGAUCGGAUUGGAAAUUUAACUGGAGAUAAGAAAUGGCUUUGCGAAAUUUGGAUAACCAUAAAAGGCUUGAAAAUAUACAACACCCCAAAAAUUCAACUUAACAUUUUGGGUUAUGAGAUAAUGAUUUUGCAAAAUUAUGGUGAUCUGUGUUCUUACCGAUUAAGGCUUUCUAAUACGUUGAUAUGCUAUUACAAAUUGUAUGAUGAAUACACACCAAAUGUAUUGCCCCCUACAAGGGCUCAAAAUCAGUAAAUUUAUCUAAGAUUAUUCAGCAA